AUGGAAACAUCUCAACAUCCCCAUAUCCAAUCUCUUGGCCAAAGAGGCUACAUUCAAGGCACCACUAUCGUCUCCAAAUCCACCAAUUCCCCUCUCUGUCACUACUUUGGUGGUCUCCGCUACGCCCUCCCCCCCGCACAACGAUGGCGCAGAGCUCACCCCUUGCCGUCAAGUUAUACAUACGGAACCAAGGAACAGCCCGGUCGGCAUGAUGGGAAGGCCGGUGUCUGUCCUCAGCCUGGAUUCCGAGGCCCUGCAGAUGAGACCGGUUGGUCCGAGGAUUGCUUCCAGUGUAAUGUUUGGGUUCCUGUUGGGGAAGCUCCCAAAGAGGAAUGGCCGGUAUUCGUCUUUCUCCAUGGCGGUUGGCUGCAAUUCGGCACCCCAAACAGCGUCUCCCUGUCGGCCUUGUUGAGUGAGACGGAUUUCAAAGCCAUCAUUGUCCUACCAGCCUAUCGUCUCAACGUCUUUGGCUUCCUCUACUCGUCUGAGCUUGAGCAAGACGCUGUCUCUGCUGGUGAGACUGUCGGUAACCAUGGCUUCUGGGAUCAACGACUGGCGCUGGAAUGGACCAAGGAAAACAUUCAUCUCUUUGGCGGAAACGCAGCCAAUAUCACCAUCUCGGGCUAUUCAGCCGGCGCAUACUCCGUCUUCCACCAGUUAGCCUACGACCUCCGACUCCCUAAGGAUAUAUCUCUCGUCAAACAAGCCAUCAUCUGGUCCAACGGUCCCGCCGUGCAAUCCAAAAGCCCCUCCGAAACCCAACUCCAAUUCAACCAAUUCCUCUCCGCCCUGAAUAUCCCCUUCUCCCUCCCUGCCUCGGAGAAAAUAGCCCGUCUCCGCGCCCUCCCCGCCAAGGCCCUCCUCUCCGCGGCCUCCAGCAUCGACAUCCAUCAAUUCCGUCCCACCACUGACUCCGCCUUCAUCCCCGCCUCCCUCUUCCAGUCCCUGGAUAACGGCGACUUUGCCCGGCGCGUCGCCGAGCGCAACGUCCGCAUCAUGCUCGGCGAGUGCCGCGACGAACACUCCCUCUACGGAAUCUGGUACCCCCCAUCUAGCAACUCCCUCCCUGCCCUCCGUCAACGUCUCCUAGCAGACUACCCACGUCGUGUCGUUGACACCCUCAUCAACCACUACUACCCAGCUGGCCAACUCCCCGCCGACUGCAAGAACUGGGACAGCGAUGCCUUUGGCCGCAUCUACGCCGACAUGCAGGUCCACAAGAUGCAGCGCGGACUCGUCCACGCCCUUGUCACGGGCGGUGCCGCACACUGUCUCUACCGGUAUCGUAUCGAGUACCGGCUGAAGUGCGCCGACCACGCCGUGCCCCCCGAAUGGGGCGUCACGCACGUCACGGACCAGUAUAUGUGGUUCUGGGGUAAUGGGGAUGUUCUGGAAGCUGGGGAGAAGGAUCUUGUAAAGCAGGCCUUUCUUGAAUCUCUGGCCAGGUUCGUUCGGGGUGAUGCGGAGAUCAAUUGGGGUACCGGUAGUUAUCGGGAAGUGAGGACCCUCAAACCCGAUGGUUCCGUGGAGAUCUCCAACGACGCCUUGUGGGACGAUGCGCUGCGGGUCUGGAAGGCGUUGCGGGAGGUUGGAGAACCGAUGGAGGCUGUCAGUGCCGUUAAACUAUGA